AUGAGUUGUUUUUCUUGUUUUUCAUCCCAAGAGAAGAGAGCUUCCAAGAAAUACAACAAUGAAAAAACCAACAAGGAUGCUCCUAAUAAAGAUGGAAACAAAAAUAUAGCUGCACAAACCUUCACCUUUCGUGAGCUGGCUGCGGCAACAAAAAACUUUCGGCAGGAAUGUCUAGUGGGUGAAGGUGGAUUUGGAAGAGUUUAUAAGGGGCGACUUGAUAAAAUCGGUCAGAUUGUAGCCGUGAAGCAACUUGACAGAAACGGGUUGCAGGGAAAUAGAGAAUUUCUUGUUGAGGUUCUGAUGCUAAGCCUCCUUCACCAUCAAAAUCUGGUGAAUCUUAUUGGAUAUUGUGCUGAUGGAGACCAGAGACUUUUAGUUUAUGAGUAUAUGCCAUUGGGAUCACUAGAAGAGCAUUUACUUGAUCUCACUCCCGCCCAAAAACCAUUAGAUUGGUUUAAAAGAAUGAAAAUAGCACUGGGUGCUGCCAAAGGUUUGGAAUAUCUACACGAUAAGGCCAAUCCUCCUGUGAUAUAUCGGGAUCUAAAAUCCUCCAACAUCCUGCUGGACAAGGAAUUCAAUGCAAAACUCUCUGAUUUUGGGCUAGCCAAGCUUGGACCUGUUGGGGACAAGGUACAUGUAUCUUCGAGAGUAAUGGGAACAUAUGGUUAUUGUGCCCCAGAAUAUCAAAGAACUGGUCAACUGACCAUUAAGUCGGACGUGUACAGUUUUGGGGUCGUUUUAUUGGAGUUGAUCACAGGUCGGAGAGCAAUUGACACAACAAGAAAAAAUGAGGAGCAAAAUCUAGUUUCUUGGGCCGUGCCCAUUUUCAAGCAGACAAAUAGGUUCCCAGAACUGGCUGACCCAAAUCUUGAGGGAGAUUUUCCAAUGAGAGGCUUGAACCAAGCAGUUGCGGUUGCAGCCAUGUGUCUGCAGGAGGAACCACUGGCCCGUCCCUUGAUGACCGAUGUCGUCACAGCUCUCAGCUUCCUUUCUGGACCAAAUGCAGGUAGCAGUUCACCCUCUGCUCCCUCUCCUGAUCAAACCAAUAACAAAGCAACGGCAGCAUACGACGAGUAUCAGGAUGAAGAUAGUAUAACAGAACGCCAACGAGCUGUAGCAGAAGCCAUUGAAUGGGGAUCAACUUCAAAGCACAGCCACUUCCGAUCAAGGGGUGGAAGUGCUUCUUCAUUGUAA